CUUCUCUCACUCGCUGAAGCAGGACGCGACUUUUAUUUUAUCUUAUUUUUCUCUGUGUUUUAUUCCUAGGGUUGAUCUGGAGACUAGAUUUUCCUUCGUAUCAUAAAUGCUCCGCUAGUACUUUAUGAUUUAAACUUUUUUCUCUUUUUCUUGUCUCCUUCUCGUCUCUCCCUUGCACUCGUUCUAUACAUAUUCACUUUCAUAUCCUUCAUUUCAUUUCAUUUCUUUUUUAAGGAAUUGCAUCAUAUAUGUUCAUAUUGCAUAUCUUCUAGUCUGUUCAUAUACCGCCAAGACUAGUAUCUGGAAGCUUAACAACGACUUGGCAGGGGCGACAUAUCAAAGACAGACGGCUAAACAGAAUCACAAUGCGCUUUUCACUGUCUCACGUCCUGGCCGGUGCCCUGAUGGGCAUUGCCGGCGUCUCGGCCAUCCCCCAGCAAGCAUCGUCUGCCGUAUCCUCAACUUCAACCUCAUCGCCAUCGCCAUCACAAACUUCAUCUUCGGACCAGUCACUGGUCUGCAACAACUCGCCCGUGCUAUGUGACCGCCAUUACAACGACAUCACUUACAUGGGAGCCCACGACAGCGCCUUUCUAAGAGACGCAAGCACCGGCAACUCCAUCGCCGGCAACCAGUACCUCAACGCCACGCUGGCUCUAGAUGCUGGCCUUCGUCUUCUGCAGGCGCAAGUUCACAACGAGAAUGGCACUCUUCACCUGUGUCACACCUCAUGCGGUCUCCUGGAUGCCGGGCCGCUGGAAAACUGGCUGGCAGCCAUCAACGAUUGGGUCGUUGGCCAUCCCUCGGACGUCAUCACCAUCUUGCUGGUCAACUCGGAUGAGGUCAACGUCUCUCAGUUUGCAGCCGCUUUCCAGCAGUCGGGCCUUAGCAAGUUUGGCUUCGUUCCGCAGAGUAAGAUAGAAUGGCCGAGUCUGCGGACCAUGAUCGCCAACGACACCCGUGUCGUGUCUUUUAUCACCAACAUCGACGCGUCUUCUGCAGCGCCCUACCUCCUACCCGAGUUCGAUUACGUCUUCGAGACGCCCUUUACCGUUGUUCAGCUUGACGGCUUUAACUGCACCGUUGAUCGGCCUUCUAACGCCGGCACUGCCUCGGAAGCCUUUGGAUCGGGCUUCAUGGGACUCAUCAACCACUUCAAGGACCAGGAAAUCACGGCGGGCCUCAUCAUCCCCGAUACGGACAACAUUCUCCUCGUCAACAGUGCCAACACCACCACGACGGGAAACCUGGGUCUCCACAUCCAGCAGUGCAACUCUCAGUGGAACCACCGCCCCAGCUUCGUCCUCGUUGAUUUCUGGGACCAAGGCUCGACGGUCAAGGCCGCGGACAACAGCAACGGCAUUAACCAGGUCACCGGUAGAACCAACGCCACCAACAACAGCUCGAGCGACUCCUCAGCAGAUGGAACAAACCAGGCUCGCGAAUUUGGCACGGGGGCCUUGAUUGCCUUUCUCGCGGCGACGCUGCUGAUGAUUUAAGGGGCUGAUUACAUGCUUGGCUCAAUAUAAGCUCAGCUGAAUACGAGAACGGGGGGGAAAUAAAACAAAAUAAAACAUCGACCCAUUUAUUCUUCUCGAGGCACGCUGCAUUUGGCAUUUUAGCGAGGCGUUUUUUAAAGGCAAUCUAGAUUGCGAUACAUGGGGUUUCUUUUCUUUUCUUUUCGAUAUUUUUUUGAGAGAAAGAGAGGGGGAAAACAAUAUUUCUUCUUGCGGGGACUAUAGAUAUUAUCUUGAACAUUUCUUGAGUUUUGUAUACCUUCCUUUAGGCAUUGGCUCUAUUCGCCGACCAAUUGAAUAUUUCUAUCUUGAUG